AGACUCCAGUGAAAUGUUCAUGAUAAAAUUGAAAAUUGAAUUUCCAACUGAGAAUUGCAAAUUAUAAAUGUUCAACACCAGAAGCCUUCAGCUGUCAUCUGUUUGCUCAGCUGUUGGACAAGUUAAAAAAUAAAUCCACUUAAAUAAAUAGAGAACUGCAUAUGUUUUGAAUUAUGAGUGAACUAAACGUCCAGAAGGAAGAGCAGUAGGUUUGACCGUAAACACAUCCCACUAACUAAGCGUCGUCGUUCUUUCUACAGUAAAUCGUUGAUGGCGUCUCCUCCUGCGGUGCGUGGCGAACACAGUGCGGGGAAAGCGCGUUCCGCUGUCUGAGUCAGUCGGCGGUAAUGGCCGGCACGAGCCGCCGCAGUGACACGGAGGAAGGGUCGGCCUUGUCUUGAGGCUCUCGCUCCUGUGCCUCUCAGAGCGUGAUGUCAGCGGCGGCAGCGCUGUUGUAAUUCACUCGGUGGGGGUGAUGGCGUCACGAUCUGCCCUGCUGUAGCCUCCUGCUCCGAUAGUGAAGCGAGACGGAGCGCAGGCCGAGGUGACCGUGGCUCCGUUGGCCGGGAUCGAGUACCGCCAGGCCGGACAAUUCAUCCCGGGAAACAUGGAGGCUGUGGCCGAGGAGCUGCGGGCCGGCUCUCGGGUACCAGUCACUAUCGAUCACAUGCUUAACGAUACACUGGUUGUGACGCUGACCUACCAAGAAAGGAACUACACAGGAAUAUUACUGGAUUCCAACAAAAAAAAUGGACUGUUUUGUCUGCCAGAUUUCACGGCUAAUCCCGGGAUUGGCCCCUUAACUAAACCAGCCUGUGAAGUCCCAGAAACUCUGAGUGAGGAGCCCGCUCCCAAAUCCCCGAUCCAGGCUUCAUACAGACCCAAGGAUGAGAAUUCGCUCCCUGCAAGCAGCAUUCCUGCUGCGCCCGUCCCAUGCCCCGUUCCAUGCCCCGUCCCAGCGCCUGUGCCGCCCGGGCACACUCCUUAUCCUCCUUAUUUUGAAGGAGCACCUUUUCCUCCGCCUUUAUGGGUGCGUCACACCUACAGCCAGUGGGUUCCACAGCCCCCUCCAAGGCUGAUAAAGAGAAAAAAGAGACGGACACGAGAACCUGGCCGUCUGACCGUGAGCACCAUACGCCUGCGGCCUCGGCAGGUACUCUGUGAAAAGUGCAAAAACACACUGAACAGUGACGAGGACAGCAAAGACGGCCUGAGUAAUGCCAAGACCUCAAGAAAAGAAAACACCCUACACAGCGAUGAUGAUGGAGAUUAUAAAGAUGCUCCGUCUAAGUUUUCUAGAAAAGAGGAUGUUGCUGCAGCCAAAGAUACCAAAAGACGGGAAAACUGCAGCAGCCUUGACAGUAAGCGCCUCAGGAAAGACAAAAGAGGCGAGGCUGAUGGCGAAAAGUUCCCGGCAGGGGAUGUCAUUCCUCACAGUCCUGUCAUAAAGAUUUCCUACAGCACUCCACAGGGAAAAGGGGAGGUCAUUAAGAUCCCCUCCAGAGUUCAUGGCUCAGUCAAGCCUUUCUGUCCAAAACAGCUGGUGCAGAAUGGUGCUGAGGAAAACAGCAAGAUGUCCGCCGAUGCUACCAAGGAACAGCGACACAUUCUAGAUGCCACGAGGUCUGGCCUCACCGUCUCCAUCCCUAAACUCAAACUAAGCAGACCCUAUGCAAAUGUGGUUCAAGACCUGCCAUCCCCUAAGAUUCGUUUGAAGCCCCCUCAAAGGGCAAGUGAGGAGACCAUGGUGGAGUAUGAGGCAGAACUUGUCGAAGGAACCAGGAGACGAAGCCCCAGAGUUUCUGGACCCUGUCUUCCACACUCCGAAGACUCUGGAGAAGGGAAGAACUCUCUGGAGUUGUGGUCGGGAAGUUCUGGGGAGGAGGCCGAGCGCAACCACAGCGACCUCACCCUGCUGAUCAAUUUCCGCAAGCGGAAAGCAGAUUCUUCCAGUCUGUCUGUGUGCAGCAGUGACAGCCUGGACGAGUCCAAGUCCUUCAGCUCUGACGGCACCUCACCAGAGCUGUGUGACCUGGCUCCAGGCGAAGACCUCUCAGUGACCUCGUCUUCUGUCACACCACAGGACGACUGCAAGACAGUGCCGCCACUCACCGUGCGCCUUCACACCCGCAGCAUGACCAAAUGUGUGACAGAGGAGGGGCAUGCAGUGGCGGUUGGUGACAUUGUGUGGGGGAAGAUUCAUGGCUUCCCCUGGUGGCCGGCACGCGUUCUUAGCAUCAGCGGCACACGCAAACAGGAGAUGCCUAGCUGUGAGGCACAGUGGCCCCAAGCAAAGGUGGCAUGGUUCGGUUCCCCCACCACCUCCCAGCUCUCUGUUGCCAAACUUUCCCCCUUCCGAGAACUCUUCAGGUCCCGCUUCAACCGCAAGAAGAAAGGGAUGUACAGGAGAGCCAUCCUGGAGGCAGCCAAGGCCGUCGGUCACAUGAGUCCAGAGAUCACGUCGCUGCUUUCGCACUGCGACACAUAGAGGCUGAGGACUCCAGAGGUCUUCCAGGUUUUUUCUGGAUUCUCUGUCAUGAAGGCCCACGAGGGACUAUGUGCGGUUGCCACGUCUACUACUUUAUGCUGUUUUUUUUUCUUCCUCUCUCCUGCCCCUGAUUUUUUUUUUCACAAGGGGGCAGAAAUGGCUGCCAAGGUGGAUUUAGGCCGGACUGGAAGAGGGAGCAAAAAAUGUGUAUUAACUUUUCCUCCUUUUUUUCCCUCCUUUCAUAUUUCAGAUAGAGCCGAAACACUACAAGGACCUGAAUGUAUUUAUUAUCUGUAAAAUUUAUCAGGAUCUAGAACCUUCUCACUACAGUCUCGCAAAAAAAAAAAAGGUAAACCCCUCCCAGUGUGCUGCUGUUAUGGACCUCGCCCGGUUUGGCUCGUCCAGCCAGAAGAGGCAUUUUCAGACUCGCUCCUGUCCUCUAUGUUGGACUCCUAAAGUCUUACUGAAGCGUCUCACUGGUGAAAAUGUGAAUGGCUCCAUCGGAGACGGUAGUGACCCCUCCCCUCGUGACCGCGGCGUUUCAUCUGUCUGUGACGUGGGUUGUGGAUGUAUUAGUGCUGAACUCUGGCGUGUGUUGUCAAGUUUCCUUCCAUUUCACUUUCCACAUGUCCUAAAAUCCAUUCUUACCCUGAAAUCUUUAAGGGGACACAUUUAAGGCAAAAAAAGCACUUUAUCUGUACCUUGGUGGCCUGCUGUAAGCUCUCUGUCUGAAACGCAGGAGGCAGCGCUGACGGGCAGCAGGGAAUUUAGGAGCCUGUGUGCUUCGACUAUCUACAAGUCUCCAAGACUGUCCAUGACUAUAACUGUCCAUGACUAUCUAUAACUGUCCAAGACUAUCCAUGACUAUCCAUGACUAUCUAUAACUGUCCAUGACUAUUUAUGACUGUCCAAAACUAUCCAUGACUGUCCAAGACUGUCCAAGACUGUCCAUGACUGUCCAUGACUAUGACUGUCCAUGACUAUAACUGUCCAAGACUAUCCAUGACUGUCCAAGACUAUCCAUGACUGUCCAUGACUAUUCAUGACUGUCCAUGACUACCCAUGACUGUCCAUUACUAUCCAUGACUGUCCAUUAUUAUCUAUAACUGCCCAUGACUAUCUAUGACUGUCCAAGACUACCCAUGAAUGUCCAUUAUUAUCCAUGACUGUCCAUGACUGUCCAUGACUAUCCAUGACUAUCUAUAACUGUCCAUGACUAUCUAUGACUGUCCAAGACUAUCCAUGACUGUCCAAGACUAUAACUGUCCAAGACUAUCCAUGACUGUCCAUUACUAUCUAUAACUGUCCAUGACUGUCCAAGACUAUCCAUGACUGUCCAAAACUAUUCAUGACUGUCGAAGACUAUCCAUAACUGUCCAAGACUAUCCAUGACUGUCCAUGACUUUCCAGUACUGUCCACGUCUAUUCAUGACAAUCCAUGAAUAAUAAAGACUAUCCAUAACUGUCAUGACUAUCCAUGAAUAUUCAUGACUAAUGAUGAUUAUCCAGGACUGUACAUGACCAUCCACGACUAUCCAUGACUGUCCACAAGUAUCUAAGGCCUUCCAUGACUACCCAUGACUUUUCUUGACUUGUAAUUCUGUAGAGACGAUUGUGUUGGCUGUAAUCCUGCAUUCUGACUGUCCUCUCAUCCAACACUCUACAGACCCAUCACUAAAAGUUUCUACUGGAAGAAAGGGAAUAAAAGUUGACCCCCUCCCCCAUUAAAUCUUCGGUGGAGUUAGAGAUUUUGGGGAGGAAAGAAGUGAACGUGCUGUAAGAAAACUGUGAAGCUGCAGAGGAGCGAGUCAGUCAGGACCCCUGGAGGGGGGCGUCUCCCCUCUGACUGGUGGAGCUGAGCAGUGCAGGUCAACGUGGAAGACAAACAUGGCUGUCUACUGUUUCCCUCAUUGGUCAAUGCUAAUGGCUACUUUUUGUUUCUUUUCUACAUGUACUGUACAUAAAAUAAAAUAUACAAGCAAUAUUUGUGCA